UAAAAUUUUCUACAGAUAAACAUAUCAUUUUUGGUAUAUUCAAUUCAAAACACAAAAGCAGUAAAAAGCUACACAAACAGAAUGAUACUUACCUCAUAAACUAAUCUUAAAUCUUGGUAUAUUUAUCGAUGUGGAAAGCAAAAGUAGAUACUUACAAGAUCAUUGCAACCUAAUCCACGUUGAUCUUCAACCAUUGAUGGAUUAUCUAGGAAGAUCCAAACUUGCUUAUGUCUGCAAAUACUGAUAAUGUUUCUUGACACUCUGCAGCUGUCCCAUUUUAAGACAGAUGCACUGAACUCUGAGGCACAGAAAAAUGAAUCCAGAAGAAGGUACAGACUAUGACCGAGAACCGAAAGUGGUGAGACCGUACAGAGGAUUUUCGAUAGUAGACCUCUUUCUCAGAAUACUAGCUAUUGUCGGGACACUAGGAAGUGCUGUGGCGAUGGGAACUACAGAUGAGACGCUUCCCUUCUCAACUCGAGCAUUCAUAUUCCAAGCUCAAUAUGAUGAUAUCCCAGCUUUUAGGUUCUUUGUGAUCUCGAAUGGAACAGUAUGCGGAUAUCUUUCUCUCUCUCUACCAAUGGCCAUCUAUCAUGUUAUCAGGAAAGGAGCAGCUAGGAGCCGGGCUCUGCUGAUCUUUCUAGACGCGAUAAUGCUAGCUGUACUAACUGCUGGAGCCUCAACAGCAGCAGCUAUUGUGUAUUUAGCACACAAGGGGAAUGCUUCAGCAAAUUGGUUAGCUAUAUGUCAACAGUACCAGGGUUUCUGCAACCGUGUCACAGGAUCUUUAAUCGGCUCUUUUGGUGCAGUUCUUAUCUUAAUUUUGUUAAUCUUUUUGUCAGGUUUAGUACUAUCUAAACGAGCGAUGUAGGAAGACAAAGAUGAUGCUUCACUAGAAAAAAUACUCUGCUAAACUAUGUGAUCAUGCUAUAAUUCAAUGAAACAAGUUCCACCUUCUGCUUAAAA